AUGCGUGAGUGUAUUUCUAUCCACGUUGGUCAAGCUGGUGUUCAAAUCGGUAACGCCUGCUGGGAACUUUAUUGCCUUGAACACGGUAUUCAACCUGAUGGCCAAAUGCCACCUGAUAAAGUAGUUGGUGGAGGUGAUGACUCGUUCAACACUUUCUUCUCCGAAACCGGUGCCGGCAAACACGUUCCUCGUACAGUGUUCGUUGAUUUGGAACCGACCGUUGUAGAUGAAGUUCGUACUGGUACCUACCGUCAACUCUUCCAUCCUGAGCAAUUGAUUACUGGCAAGGAAGACGCUGCCAACAACUACGCUCGUGGUCACUACACCAUCGGCAAAGAAAUAGUUGAUCUUGUCCUUGAUCGUAUUCGCAAGCUCGCUGAUAACUGUACCGGCCUCCAAGGUUUCUUGGUGUUCCAUUCGUUUGGUGGUGGAACUGGUUCUGGUUUUGGCGCCUUGCUUUUGGAACGUCUUUCUGUCGACUAUGGAAAAAAAUCAAAAUUGGAAUUCUCCGUAUAUCCCGCUCCUCAAGUCUCAACCGCAGUUGUCGAACCAUACAAUUCUAUCUUGACUACUCAUACUACCUUGGAACAUUCUGACUGUGCUUUCAUGGUUGAUAAUGAGGCCAUCUAUGACAUCUGCCGUCGUAAUCUUGAUAUUGAGCGUCCCACAUACACUAAUUUGAAUCGAUUGAUUGCUCAAGUGGUUUCUUCAAUCACAGCUUCUCUACGUUUCGACGGUUCGCUCAACGUUGAUUUGACAGAAUUCCAGACCAACUUGGUUCCCUAUCCUCGUAUUCACUUCCCCUUGGUUACCUAUGCUCCAGUUAUUUCCUCCGAAAAGGCUUACCACGAGCAACUUACUGUUGCUGAAAUCACAUAUUCGUGCUUCGAACCAAACAACCAAAUGGUUAAAUGCGACCCACGCCAUGGAAAAUACAUGGCCUGCUGUCUCUUAUACCGUGGUGAUGUUGUUCCUAAAGACGUGAAUGCUGCUAUCGCUACCAUCAAAACUAAACGCACCAUUCAAUUUGUCGAUUGGUGUCCAACCGGAUUCAAGGUCGGUAUCAAUUAUCAACCACCGACCGUUGUUCCUGGUGGUGAUCUCGCCAAAGUACAACGUGCCGUAUGCAUGUUGUCCAACACUACUGCUAUUGCCGAGGCCUGGGCUCGUUUGGAUCAUAAAUUCGAUUUGAUGUAUGCUAAACGUGCUUUCGUACACUGGUAUGUCGGUGAAGGUAUGGAAGAAGGUGAAUUCUCUGAAGCACGUGAGGAUUUGGCCGCCUUGGAGAAGGAUUACGAGGAAGUCGGAACCGAUUCCCUUGAGGGUGAAGAAGAGGAAGCUGAAGAAUAUUAA